CGGGAAAAUCACAUCGUGCCAUGCCAGAAGUGUACAGUGUGCUCCCGCGAGAGUACGUCAGGAUAUCUUAAUUUCCCGCCGAUCGCUGAUGGCGAGCUCAUUCUUAUUCAAUUACAUUCAGUAAUAUCGUUCUCUCUAUCUCGUUUCAAGAAGAGAGAAACUAGGGUUUACUCUAGUGCAAACCUCACCGUAUCAUGCAAAAAUUCAAGGGUCUCAUUUUUAAUCGAGAGAAGUUUGUGUAUUAGCAAUUUAAUGGCCGUGUAGUGAUGUGAAAAUUCCGGGGUUUCAUCGCAUUUUAGGUUACAGCUUUGAGAAAGUGACAGCGAUCUGAGAAUUCAGAGUUUUGCUUCAUAUAUAGUGAAAUUGAGGCUUUUUAGAGUUCAACAACCAUGAAAAUCUUUUAGGAGGAUGUCAUUCAGCUGGUGUUUCUCAGAUUGAUCUGAAUUAUUGUUUCAAUUGCUCUGAAAGCCAUUACGUUGUCCAGUAAUUUUGAAAUACAAGCCUUAUUUCAGGGAUAUUGAUAAAUUUAAUGGUUUCCAUUUCAUGAAAUUAUGGAGGAUUCUGCAACUACUGGCAGGAAAAGGGUUCGGGAGGAUCAUGAAGAAGAGCCAGACGUGGGCUUGCCAUUAGAGAACCAGCUUACAUUUUCGGAUACAUUAAUAGCUCUCAGAAUAAUGCAUGCCCAAUUUCCAAAAAUGGAAAAGGUUUCUGUACAACCUUUUGUUCUUCGUUCACAAGUUUACAGCAGUGUUAAUGACAGGACACAGGUCGAUAGAGAAUUGGAGUCACUGAGAAAAGAUAAUGUUAUCCGCUUAUUUAAGCUAAAUACCGGACAGGAUGAUCAUGCGAUCAUGUUCAUCGAGGAUUAUUUAAAUCAGGUGGAAAGUGCAAUGAAAAGGAUCAAGGCUAAAGGCCAAGAUGACAUUGAUGUUUUUGAAUGGUUCAGAUCACAUGUUUUGCCAUCCAAGCUGGAUGCAAGUAUUGAGCAUGAAGAGCUGUGUUUGCUCUUAUCACAUGGAGGCAAUGUGAAGGAUGACCAUAUCUCUCUAUUGAUUAAUGCUGGUCUACUUACUCGUCAGCUACUUGAUUCUAACUCGUAUUGGUUUGCUAUUCCAAAUAUUGGAUUCAUACUCAAGGGCCUUUCUCAGGGAAGGAAGGAGCUCAUUUCUCUCUUAAAUCGUCGGAAGUACAAAGAGAUGUUAUUGGCCCUCUUGGAGAAGAAACGUCUAAGACUCUCACCGCUUGACAUUCGGUUCCAUCUCCGAGAUUUGAUUGGAUCGGGUUAUCUGAAAACAGUUCAUACUCCUGCUGGCUUGCUCGUUAAAGUAGUCAAGGAGUAAGCUUAGCAUUGUACUUGCUUCGUUUUUCAGGAUAAAUGUACUUCAUCUUUUUCUUCAGAUAAAUGUAUUUCCUUCAUUUUAUUGUACCAUUGUUUCUUUAACUUUCACAUCAAUGAAGAGGGUUAAUAUCUUCUAUC